AUGCCGUCGCUCUUGAACCAGAAUGAGCUUGUGCGUGCAGUUGCAGCGGCCAACAGCAAGACGAUCGUCGUGGCCAGCGCCCCAGGCGCGGUGCUCAUGCCCUGGUCCAACAGCGUCGCCGCUGUACUCCUGAACUUUAUGCCCGGUCAGGAGGUCGGCAGCGCGGUCGCCGACGUGCUGUUCGGGAGAGUCAACCCUUCCGCGAAGUUGCCGCUGACGCUGCCGAACUCCGAGAACGAGACGCGGUUCUCCCCCGACCAGUGGCCUGGUGGGCCCGACCCUGCCAGGCCCGCCCACGCGAGCUACUCCGAGAAGCUACUCGUCGGCUACCGCUACUACGACGCGCACGGGCUGAACUUCUCCACAGGCUUCCCGUUCGGGCACGGGCUGUCGUAUUCGACCUUCGAGUAUUCCAACCUGUCCAUCGACGACGGCGGCGCUCCAGGGCUCGCCGCGCGGGUCGCGUUCACGGUGGAGAACAGCGGGCGCGCGGCCGGCGCAGAGGUGGCGCAGCUCUACCUCGGGUUCCCGUCGGGCGCCGGGGAGCCGCCGCGGCAGCUGAGGGGCUUCGAGAAGACGCGGGUGCUGCAGCCCGGCGAGCGGCAGCGGGUGGCGUUGCCGCUGCGUCCGCGGGACCUGUCGGUCUGGGACGAGGCAGCGCACGCCUGGUCAUUGGCGCGGGGCACCUUCCAGGUGGUGGUGGGGGCCUCCUCCCGGGACGCCCGCCUGAACGGCGUCCUGAGCGUCGUGGGCGAAUCCGGCCAGCCGCCCGUUGCUUACGUAUGA